AUGGCAACUUUUGUCAGACCUGAGAAUGCUCUGAAGAGAGCUGAAGAGUUGAUUAAUGUUGGACAAAAGCAAGAGGCCCUUGAAACUCUUCAUAGUUUUAUUACCUCAAGGAGGUACAGAGCAUGGACAAGGAUACACGAGAAGAUACUGUUCAAGUAUGUGGAGCUAUGUGUUGACAUGAGAAGGGGAAGGCAUGCCAAGGAUGGUCUUAUUCAGUAUCGUAGUAUCUGCCAACAAGUUAACAUCAAUUCCCUGGAGGAGGUGAUAAAACAUUUCAUGCAGUUGGCCACUGAAAGAGCUGAGCUUGCACGUAGUCAGGCACAGGCCUUAGAAGAAGCUCUGGAUGUGGAUGAUUUAGAAGCUGAUAAAAGACCUGAAGAUCUUAUGUUGAGUUAUGUUAGUGGGGAGAAAGGAAAAGACAGAUCUGACCGUGAGCUCGUCACGCCAUGGUUUAAGUUUUUGUGGGAGACAUACAGAAGCGUACUGGAAAUUUUACGCAACAACUCAAGACUGGAGGCUCUGUAUGCGAUGACUGCACACCGUGCCUUCCAGUUCUGUAAGCAAUACAAACGAACUACAGAAUUUCGGCGGUUGUGUGAAAUCAUCAGGAAUCAUCUUGCAAAUCUUAACAAGUACAGAGACCAGAGAGAUAGGCCUGAUCUUGCUGCUCCAGAAAGCUUGCAGUUGUAUCUGGAUACCAGAUUUGAGCAACUGAAAAUUGCUACUGAACUCGAACUUUGGCAGGAAGCGUUUCGUUCUAUUGAAGAUAUACAUGGUUUGAUGUGCAUGGUUAAGAAAACGCCCAAACCUUCCCUGAUGGUGGUUUAUUAUGCCAAGCAAUCAGAAAUAUUCUGGAUGUCUUCUAACCAUCUUUAUCAUGCUUAUUGCUGGCUUAAGCUUUUCUCACUUCAGAAAAGCUUCAAUAAGAACUUAAGCCAGAAGGAUUUGCAGCUGAUAGCAUCAUCGGUUGUUUUAGCUGCUCUUUCAGUGCCUCCUUAUGAUCAAUCAUAUGGCGCGUCCCAUAUGGAGCUUGAAAAUGAAAAAGAGCGGUGUUUGAGGGUAGCUGGUCUUAUUGCAUUUGAUGUUGAACCCAAACCUGAGAACAGAGAAGUGCUUUCAAGGGCAUCAAUUUUCUCAGAAUUGGCAUCCAAAGGUGUAAUGACAUGUGUUACUCAGGAAGUGAAAGAUCUAUAUAACAUUUUGGAACAUGAAUUUCUCCCUUUAGACCUGGCCAUUAAAGCUCAACCCUUGUUAAAAAAAAUAUCAAAGCUAGGGGGUAAGCUUUCGUCAGCUUCUUCUGUUCCAGAAGUGCGAUUGUCUCAGUAUGUUCCUGCUUUGGAAAAGCUUGCCACUUUGAGGUUGCUGCAGCAGGUUUCGCAGGUGUACCAGACUAUGAAUAUUGAUAACUUAUCUAGGAUAAUCCCUUUCUUUGAUUUUUCUAUGGUGGAGAAGAUAUCUGUGGACGCUGUUAAGCAUAAUUUUUUAACCAUGAAAAUGAACUAUAUGAAAGGCUCCAUCAUCUUUGGUAAUAAGAACAUUGAAUCAGAGGGUCUACGUGAUCACCUCGCCACUUUUGCAGAGUCCCUUAGUAGGGCAAGGAUCAUGAUCUAUCCUCCUGUAAAAAGUGCUUCAAAAUUAGGGGAAACACGUUCAGGUCUUGUGGAGGUUGUGGAAAAAGAACACAAGAGACUUCUUGCGCGGAAGUCCAUUAUAGAAAAACGCAAAGAAGAGCAAGAACGCCAACUUUUGGAGAUGGAACGAGAGGAGGAGGCAAAGAGGCUAAAACUACAGAAGAUUACUGAAGAGGCAGAACAGAGAAGGCUUGCCUCUGAGUUUGAACAAAUGAAGAAUCAAAGAAUUCUCAGAGAAAUUGAGGAGCGUGAAAUGGAAGAAGCCCAAGCAUUGUUGCUAGAAGCUGAAAAACGUCGCACGAAGAGAGGGAAGAAACCAGUUCUAGAGGGAGAAAAAAUAACUAAGCAGCAUUUAAUGGAACUAGCCCUGACUGAGCAACUAAGGGAGAGGCAAGAAAUGGAGAAAAAAAUACAGAAGCUUGCCAAAACAAUGGAUUAUUUGGAGAGGGCAAAAAGAGAUGAGGCAGCACCACUUAUUGAAGCGGCAUUCCAACUUCGUUUGUCAGAGGAGGAAGCUCUUCAUGAACGCGAACAAAAGCUAGAGAUUGAGCUAAGCAGACAACGACAUGCUGGGGACCUGGAGGAGAAAAGGAGGCUAUCCCGGAUGUUGGAGAACAAGAGAUUAUUCCAAGCAAGUGUUGUUAGUCGUAGGGAAACUGAGUUCAACAGAAUUCAGGAGGAGAGAGAAGAGAGAAUCAACCAAAUCAUCCAGUCAAGAAAGCAGGAGAGGGAGGCUAAGAGGAAAAUGAUAUAUUAUCUAAGAAGACUUGUCUACUGCUGGAUAUAUUAUAUGAAGAAAGGCAUAUUCUAUUUGGGCGAGUGUGUCCAAAAGAAAGGAGGCGGUGUUAAUGAUGAGAUGGAAAGAAAGAAAAAAGAGGAAGCUGAACGAAAAGCCAAGUUGGACGAGAUUGCUGAAAAGCAAAGGCAACGAGAGCAGGAACUGGAGGAAAAAGAAAGACAGCGGAGAGAAGAACUCUUGGGGAGAUCAAAUGCUGUGCCUGUGAGGCACACUGAGCCUUCUACUAUGGCACGUCCAGCAGAGGCAGCACCCGUUGCGCCAGCUUCUGCUGCGGCAUCACUAGGGAAGUACGUGCCCAGGUUCAAAAGGGCGUCUGCUGAGGGUGGGGGCCAGGCCCCACCUCCUGAAACGGAUAAGUGGACAAGCGGCCGCAGAUCUGACGAUCAAACAUCUCAACAAAAUGACAAGUGGAGGGAUGAGCGUAAAUCUGCCUUUGGUGGUGGUGGUGUCCCAAGGUCCACUUGGUCAUCUAGAAAUCGCGGGUGA